AUGGCCGAAUCUUUGCCCCCUAGGACGUCUCCCUCGGUCAAGUUCAAGAGGUCUACACAAGAAAUUGCUCAUUCGGAUGUCUUCAUCGAUCGCCUGGCCUUCUGCUUCUUCGCGACAUCUCGUGGCGAACCUGCGGACUCAGCCUCCAAGCCUCCGCAUAUCAUCUUCCUCCUGGCGGAUGACCUUGGCUGGAACGACGUCGGCUUCCACGGCUCCCGCCAGAUCCCGACGCCAAACAUGGACGCCCUGGCCGCGAUGGGCGUCAUCCUGCAGCGCCACUACACGACUCCAGCGUGCACGCCUUCCCGCUCGGCGUUCUUCACGUCAAUCUACCCAGCGCGCACCGGUAUGCAAAACAUACGCACGGAGCAGCUGUACUCGAAGACCGCAGACCUUGGCUACGACGUGCUGACGGCGGCCCCGAAGGUUGCCGUACCACUGACGUUUGAAUUUCUGCCGCAGUGGUUGAAGCGACAGGGAUACAGCACUCACAUGGUGGGAAAGUGGCACCUGGGAUACAAGAGCCUCGAGUACACUCCCACAUGGCGUGGCUUCGACUCCUUCUUCGGCUAUUACAACGGCCAAGAAUUUUAUUUUAAUCACACCCUCGGAGAUGUGAGUAGCCACUGGAGUUCUGGUCCAAUCAAGAUUAAAGGGUCACUAAAGGCAAAUACUGAGUCGACGUUUACUGUUAAAAAUUACACUGCAAAACUCUCGCAGAGCUUGUGGCAUAUUCAAAGCACGCCUCGCUCUGGCAAGUGUUACACCACAUACGUAUCGCGCCGUAUAAUGCAGGAAGAGGGCCACUGUGGUUUGGACUUCUGGCGCAACGUCGGCCAUACAACGCAAGUUGUCGCCGACCUCAAUGGCACGUACUCUACGGACGCGUUCACGGACGAGGCUAAGCGCAUCAUCGCCGACCACAACACUGAAAAGCCCCUGUUUUUGUACCUGGCCUACCAAGCAGUUCAUGCCGCCUGCCCAGAUUGCAACGUAGAGGCACCCCCAGAGAUCGUGGACCAAUAUGCCUACAUCACAGCUUACAACAGAAGUGUCUUUGCAGUUGCCAGCGCGCACACAUGCAUUCGCACGCGCUUCUCUGUGAGCCAGGAUUCACUGCCAAAACAUUGCGUAAAAUACCCACGCGGCUGUCAUUCUGCAGGCGCACUCCACGUGAUGGACCGAUCUGUGGGUGAGGUGCUGGCGGCGCUGCAGUCCCGAGGUAUGCUCGCCGACAGCGUCGUGGUGUUCGCCAGUGACAACGGGGCCGCACCGCUUAGCAGCCAACCAGUUUCCAACGCCGGCAACAACUUUCCCUUGCGCGGCGCCAAGGGGGACGUGUGGGAAGGAGGCGUCCGGACGCCGGCGGUCUUCUGGUACGGACGUCGCCGCGGCCGCCUGCCGCGGCCGCCAUCGCAGCACGUGAUGCACAUCGUCGACUGGGCGCCGACUUUCUACGCGGCCGCAGGUGGACACGUUUCGGACCUCGGCGACGUGGACGGAAAGAACCAGUGGGAAACGCUGACUGAGGACAAAUGCAUCGAACGCGGGGACGUAAUCCUGGAGAUUGAAGGCCGGAACGAGGCGGCGGCCAUCAUCUCCGGCAGGUACAAACUGGUAAACCGCUCCGAGGGAUACUGCGACGCGCUUCUCGACAGUCGAAUUCCCCUGCCGGAAGGAGAACCUCCCGAAGAGCUCGACCUGGACGCCCUCAUGGUAUCGUCCGAGGCCUGGAAAGCUCUGCAGGAGGCCUCCGCCGACUCGGGGUCCCGCCUCCACUCCGCCAAGAGGGCCGACUGGCGCCGUGAGGCAACGGUCACGUGCAGCGCAGACGGGGCAGACGACCUCGCGGCGGACGACUUUGACCCCUGUGCCACCGUCUUCGUGUUCGACAUCUUCAGCGACCCGUGCGAGAUUAACAAUCUGGCAUCAUCCUUACCCGAGGUGCGCGACGAUUUACUAGGUAGACUGACAACGUACCGUGCGACCAUAUUAUCUCCUCGCCCGGCGAAUAACGAAGCGGACGAGCGUGGUUACCCGCAAUACCAUAACUGCACCUGGUCGCCCUGGUUAGACGUGGAACCAUCACCGCGCGCAGAAUGCCCCUGCUGAAAAGACUGUCAUCGCACAACAAACUUCAGACACGAUAAGGUCACCAUGUGACACUACGCGCUAAGCUCUCAUUAGUGUCAUAGCUAGCUCUGCCUCAUGAUGUCCAGUGUUUAUAAUAGUAAGGAAAACCUCCCACGCACAACACGAGCAUUUUACCCCCCAGGUAUACUUGAAGUCGCCGUCACUAGGUAACGUUGUCGAACAUGAUCUCCAAAUUGUUGUUUACACCAAGCACGUCUGGCACACUGACCAAAUUGCUGUGUUUGUGAGAAGGAUUAGACCAUAGAUCAGUUUUUCGAUGAUUGUCAACAAUUUAUCAACUGGCACAAAAAAAAAACUUAUAAACACCGUUCCGCCUUCUUGAACGCAUAUACCUGUUCUGUAAUACUAUUAGAUGCCUCGACUCUCACAAACAGCGAUGGGAAAAUUCUCACUGGCAUGCCUGACUCGCUGUUGGUUGUUGUGCGAUUGAAUUGCAAGAUGCAGACGAGAACAUGGUUUCUUUUCUCGCCGGAUUUAGUUUCGGUUUGUAUUGUUUGCAUUUCUUCAGAUUUCUUUUUAAUUUUUAAUAAAAUACGCUCGCCAAGUUCAACCACACCACCUAUUA